AUGGUAAUUCAGGAAUGCAACGAAGCAGCCGUCAAGAUCCUGAAAUUCAAGGAUAAAUCCGAGAUUGCAGGCAAGGUAGACGUUGCCAGCCUGACGCCCGAGUUCCAGCCAGACGGGACAAGAUCUGCCGACAAGUUGGCUCAGUUCAGCCGCCCGGUGCUCUCAGGAGGAGGCUCUGCCAUUGGCGAGUGGUGGCACUAUGCGUCGGAUAAAACCCUCAUUCCGGUCCUAGUAAAAGUUCAGUGCGUGCAAGCCAACGGGCGCAGCCACUUUGUGACCGUGUGGCACGACCUCACAGACAUAAAGCAGCACGAGCAGGCGCUGCUCAAGGCGCGGGAGAACGCGGAGCGCGCCAACGCGUCCAAGAGCGAGUUCCUCGCCAAAAUCAGCCACGAGAUCCGCACCCCCAUGAAUGGCGUCAUCGGUGUAGCAGACCUGCUGUUGCAAACCCCGCUGAGCAACGAGCAACGGUCGCUCCUCGAGGUAAUCCGCACGUCGGGGGACUCGCUGCUGAGGAUCAUAUCGGACGUGCUGGAUAUAAGCAAGAUGGAGGCGCACUCGCUGCAGCUGGAGGCCGUUCCGUUCAACCUGCGGGCUGUGGUGGCUGAAGCGGAAUCGACCGUGCAUGUGCUCGUGCUGCAAAAGGGCAUCCAGCUCCUCGUUGACGUGGAUCCAGCCGUGCCCUCGCUUGUGGUUGGGGACCCCAGCAGGCUGCGCCAGGUGCUGCUGAAUCUCCUCUCCAACGCCAUCAAGUUCACUUCCAGGGGCCAUGUGAAAGUGCGUGUGAGCCUGUCAAUAGCAGCUGAAAUUCUACCAGCGUCAGCACAGCCAGAUGCAGUGAAAGCUGACCCACAAGCCUUGUCAGCAGAACAAGGAGCAGCCUCAGCAGAGCCCGAAACUGCGUCAGCGAAUCCUCGUGCAUCGUCACUAGAACCCAAAGCAUCUCCGACAAAACCCAGCCGAAAGAGAGUGUUAUGGGGAACGGGUGAAGGGAUGGCAGGAUUAGAGGAUGAUGCGAAGAAGAGGGCGAGAUCUGAGGAGGGGGGGAAGGGGGGCGACAGGGCAGGAUACGAAUUUGGAAAGAAGAGUGAUUCCUUGCAGAAGCAGGCGUUGGAAAGACUAGGUGCUGCAAAGAUGGCAGGAAUGGGGACUUCUAGAGCUGGAAACGGGUUCCAAGAACAUGGCAGUGUGCCAGAGGAGAGAGAGAGAAACGGCGAGGCACGAGUACCAAGUGAAGGAGGUUGCUGCGAGCAUGUGUCUGCUGGGCCGUCAGCUGAUGCAGAUGUUCCACAGGAGGAGCAAUCAGGCCCGUCAGCAGCAACAGAUGUUUCACAGGAGCAGCGAGGUCGGCCAACAGCAGCAGAGGUUUCACGGGAGGAGCAAUCAAGUCCCUCUAUGGCAGCAGCAGGCAUGGCUUUUGAGGCGUCUCAAGAGUUGAGUGCGCUGAGUGCUGGCCUGGCACCCGCCGCGGGUGUGCCACGGGAGCAAUCAGAUCCAUCAGAUCCAUCACCAGCAGCGGCAGUUGCUGUUUCACCGCAAGAGCAAUCACACCCACCUGUAUUAGCAGAUGCUAACCUUGCAGCUGAAGGCUCUGCAGGGAAGUCACAACAUGAAGACAUAGCCAGAGCAACCAGCUCGGAGAAGCAAGCUGCAUCUGCAUGCCUUCCUGAGAAUGGCAAUUUGAUGAUCAGGUCCCUUUCCCUGGAGAAGGCGCGGGCAAUUACAGUGUGCUUUGAAGUGACAGACACUGGGAUCGGCAUUCCACAGCAGAUGCUGCCAAAGUUGUUCCAGCCUUUCACACAGGCGGACAAGUCCACCUCAAGGAGGUACGGGGGCACGGGGCUGGGCUUGGCCAUCUGCAGGUCGCUAGUGACGCUCAUGGGGGGCACCAUCUCCGCCUCCUCCCGCCCAGGCCAUGGCUCCUGCUUCUCCUUCGCCCUGCCCUUCACUCUCCCCACUGGGAGCUGCUUCGAUUCCCCUGAGGUCACGGAUACUUGUGCUGUUGCUAAGUGUGGUGGAGUCACAGGGAGUGUCGCAGCUGCAGCACCAUUGGCAGCACUGUUGGCACGAUCAGCAGCACUGUUGGCAGCGCCAAUGGCAGCACCAUCAGCAGCACCAUCAGCAGCAUCAUUGGCAGCAUUGCCUCAUUCGGCCUCUUGGGAGUCCUUUUCUCUAGUGGCAGCGGCGGCAGCGGUGCGCUCCUCUUCUCCAUCGGUAGAGCUGCAAUCGUUUGCCGGGCUGAGGUGUCUGGUGGUGGAGGACAAUCCGGUGAACCAAAUGGUGGUCGUGAGGCUGCUGGGCAGCCUGCAGGUCACCUGUGACGUGGCAGAGGAUGGGGUCAAGGCCGUGGCAGCAUGCCAAGCCAAGGAGUAUGACGUCAUCUUCAUGGUGAGAUGCGGUGGGCAAUUAUGGUAA